GGGACGCUGCUGGCCGCUUGGGCUGGGAUCUGAGAUGCCAAAGCGAGGGAAGAAGAAGGAAGAUGGAGUCCUUCCGGAAGAGAAAGAGGAGGUGGCAGAGCCAGAGCCUAAGAAGGCUAAGAAAGGGGGAGCUAAGGCUGAGAAAGAGCCCGAUGGCCCAAUCAUGUACCAGGAUCCCCCGGAUAAACUCUCUUCUCCUAGUGGCAAGAAGUACACGGUGAAGAUCACUUCCUGGAAUGUGGACGGGAUCCGUGCCUGGGUCAAGAAGAAGGGCCUGGAGUGGGUGCGUGAGGAAGACCCUGACGUGCUCUGCCUGCAGGAGACGAAAUGUGCUGAGAAGCAGCUGCCUGUUGACAUUCGGGAGAUGGAGGAAUAUCCCCACAAGUACUGGGCCUGUUCGGACGACAAAGAAGGUUACAGCGGAGUGGCCCUUCUCUCCAAGGUCAAGCCCAUCGACGUCACGUAUGGUAUUGGCGAGGAGGAGCAUGACAAGGAAGGCCGCGUGAUAUCGGCGGAGUUCCCCGAAUACUUCCUGGUGACUGCCUACGUGCCCAACGCGGGCCGGGGACUGGUGCGGCUGGAGUACCGCCAGCGCUGGGACAAAGCCUUCCGGUCGUAUCUCCAAGGCCUGGCCGCCCGCAAACCCCUGGUCCUGUGCGGCGACCUCAACGUGGCGCACCAAGAGAUCGACCUCAAGAACCCCAAGGGCAACAAGAAGAACGCAGGCUUCACGCCGGAAGAGCGGGCUGGCUUCGGCGAGCUGUUGGGCGCCGGCUUCGGCGACACCUUCCGCCACCUCUACCCCGACACGCCCUAUGCCUACACCUUCUGGACCUACAUGAUGAACGCCCGGGCCAAGAACGUGGGCUGGCGGCUCGACUACUUCCUGGUCUCCGAUGGGCUGCUGGAGGGUCUGUGUGACAGCAAGAUCCGCUCCAAGGCUCUGGGGAGUGACCACUGCCCCAUCACCCUGUAUCUGGCCGUGUGA